AUGGAUGCAGUCAAUAUUUUUAAAUUACCCUCUAAUGAGUCAUUAUUACAUAGAAACAUACCAGAAAUAUCUGACAGUUCUAACGAAAAAUGUAAAGAAACCUUUUGCAAUAAUGAGUCAGAUAAGGAUGAUAUACUUUUAAGAUUUUCUGAUGUUGAAGAAGAAAUUUCAGCAUGUUCUAAUAAUCAAACUAACUUUCAACCAAAACAAAAUGAUCUGGAAAUUGAUGUACAAGCAGCAACUUCUGCUGAGGUUACCUCAAAACCAGAGAAAGAAAAGCUGACAAACAGUCAAAACUUGACUGAUAAAGAAAAUAUUGUUUUAAUUAAAGUACCUCGGAAUUCUAAAAUCUGCAGCUUAAAAUCCAAGUUUGCAGAUGCAAGUUGUGGUGUUGGUAGAAAAGAGUCUAUUAUGAGUGGCAGUGAUCGAUUAGGGAUGUAUAACGGCUCCAAGCACUGGAAUUUCAAUAAAGGAUGGAAAGGUAUGAAUUCAUCUCGUGGUUAUUCUCACCGUGGUGGUGGAGAUUGGUACAAGCAACCAUAUUCAGAUAAAGAUAAGUACAGCAAGACUCAUUAUCAUAAUCAAAGCAAAUUCAGAUUGCACAAUACCCCAAGAUCAAUGUUUCAAAGUGGACCUUUGGAUAAAAAUAGAGUGUCCAAAAAAGACAAUGUUAAACUAGCCCAAAAAUUGAAACACAGUUUGUCAACUUCAGAAAUUAGUAAAGAAAAGAAACAGUUGGUAAAGGAAAAUGGCCUUCUUCAUGGUUUGAGGCCUGGAACCAGUAGUAUACAAAAAAAUAAGUCAAUUGAAGAUGCCAAAAAUAGCCUAAACUCUAUCAAAAUCGUAAACGUUACUUCUGAGCAUAAAGAAAAUAUUUCAAGUGUAAAGUCAUCUUCUGAACAAAAAAACAAAGACAGUACUAGUGAUGUUUUGAGAAUUAAAAGAGACAAAAUUGUUAGGGAUAAUCCUUCUACUGUGACCAAAGAGUGCGAAGUUGUGGAGCUUGAUGAUGAUGAUGAUAACUCUGAUAGUCAAGAAAGUAGAUGUAAUUAUAAUGGCAUUGUUCAAAAAGUUAUCGAUGACGAUGACGAUGCAGAUUGCAUUAUUACGGAAGAAAUGAUUCCACAAAAGAGAUGCGUGAUCAGUGAAGUGACCAGUGAAAUGCAAAUUAAGAUUGUUGAUGUUGCAACCAGUAAAGAGGAUAUGAUGGAUGAAGAUAAUAAUGAAACAGUUAUGGAAGUGGAUGAUAGUAGUAGUCAAAGUGGUUGUGAAAUUGAUGAGCAGUGUGAUGAGGCUGGUCCUAGUGUUGUCCAACUCGUCAAUACAUUUGAAACCGCAUCAAAUUUACAAUGUAUAGAAGCAAUGCAUGAAAAUGAUAAUAAUUCGAGCGAGAUUCUUCUGAGUGAAGAUAUUAAUGAAGAAAACAAAGAGGAAUCAGAACAAAUAGCAGAAGAAAUUGUGGAACAAGAAGAUGAAAAAGUCGAAGAAAAAGAGCAGGAAAAAGUUGAAGAAGAAAUAGACCAACCAGAUGUAAUAGAAAGAGUAGAAGAAGUGGCAGCAGAAGUUGCACAAAGCACUGAAGAGAGCAUGGUCUGUGAGGAACAUGAAGAGCCAGAUAGAAUAGAUAACAUUGGAGAAAAAGAAAAUGAAGAGACAACAGAUGCUGAAGACAUGAACAAUGAAGAGGAGACAAAUAAGGAUGAAAAUAUCGUUCAAGGUGAAAUAAACGUUCCAGACGAAAAAGAUUCAGAAGAAAAAGUUGCAGAAGUAACAGAUUCAGAAGAAAAAUUACCAGAAGAGAAAGCUCUAGAAGAAAAAUUACUAGAAGAGAAAGCUCUAGAAGAAAAAUUACCAGAAGAGGAUGCUCUAAAAGAAAAUUUAGUAGAAGAUAAAGUACCUGAAGAGAAAGAUCUAGAAGAAAAAGUACCAGAAGAGAAAGAGCCAGAAGAGACAAAUUCAGAAGAAAAAGUACCAGAAGAGAAAGAUCUAGAAGAAAAAGUACCAGAAGAGAAAGAUCUAGAAGAAACAGUAUCAGAAGAGAAAGAUUUAGAAGAAAAAGUAGCAGAAGAGAAAGAUCAAGAGAAAAAUCUGCCAGAAGAGAAAGAUUCAGAAGAAAAAGAACUUAUAAACGAAGCUGAACCGAUGGAAAUCAGUAAUACUGAUGAAAACGAAGAAAGGAUAGAAAAAGCCAAGGAGGUCUCUGGGAUUGAUGAACUACAGGAUAAUGAAACAGAAGACAUUGAAAAUCAGGAAGGUGUAGAAGAAAAAACUGAUGAUGCUGCAGUUCAAGAAACUGAAGAGGUCAGUGAAGCUAUGGAUGUACAGAGUGAUGUUGGAUCUCCCAAGCCACUUAUGAUAGAUGAGACUGCAAGUACUGAAUCUAAUGAUGCCAGACCUGAUGACAAAAACGAUGAUACCACUCCUCCCAAGACACCUGAUGCUUCUGACAAUACUGAACAGCCAACAGCAUCACCUGCUGAAACUGGCAAGGAUUCAAAAAAUGAAGAAGAAAAGGUCAAAGAUAACAAAGAAGAAGAGAAAGAUGAAGAAAAAUCUAGUGCAGGUGAAGUGCCAGAAAAAGACAGUAAUAUCGUUGAAGAACUCGAUAUUGUGGAAGAUGAUAAUGCAACGGAAUCGCCCAAGUCGAAGGACGGUUAUGCUGACAAAACGAAAGACGAUAAUGUAGAUAACACGUCGACCUGCAGCAAUGACACAUCAUCAACUCUUCCCAUUGGUGAAUUGGAAGAAGUGAAAACAAGCGGAACAAACGAAAACGAACCCGCAAUCGUUCAAAAAAAACGGCGUAAAAAAAGGGAUGACCUUGAAAUCCCAGGGUUUGAAAUUCAAGCAAAAUCACCAUCCCCCAGCCAAAUGAUAAACGAAUUCUUCAAGUCUGUAACGCUGUUAAUAGAAAAGGGAGUGCGACAAAAGCGACGCUCGGCUCGCAAGGCCGAGGACAUCAUACGCAAGGAAAUACUAAAAGGUGACGAGGACGAGGACGACUCGAGCGACGAAUCCAACAAAAUAGCAGCUUACAACAACCACAAGAAGCAACAGCAGCAGCCGAGUACGUCGUUGAAUUUGCCGAGAUCGCUAUCGCCAUCCUCGCUCAAGCGAUCCUUCCAGGAGCUCGACAACGCGGUCGAGAGCAAUACCACUAAAAGACUGAGAGCCGAGGAGGCAGCUGCGUCUGCCGCGGCCGAGAAAAAGGAGCUAUCAAAGGAGAACAAAGUUGAUCUCAAGGGUCUGGUCAGGGAUAUAUCGCAAGAGGAUAUCAAGAAAAAACUGACGAGCCUGACGAGCAAGGAAAUAGAAGCACUGUUGCUGCAAAAAAUCGUCGAAUGUAUAACGAUCCGUGGUGAAAUGGGAAAACUUCGCGAGCAGGCGCGCGCGUCGAAGAGAACCCAAGAAGCAACACGUGCUAAGUGUCAGCAGCUUCAGAAACAAGUAGAAGGAUUCGAGAUGGUUUUGAAGCGAAUAACGUACGACAAAACCCUCAACCAAGACAAAUACGUGCAGCCGAUCAAAAUCAAUCGUUCCGUUGGUCUUCAGGUCAAUUUCCAGUCUGUAAGUGAUCAUGGUAUACAAAAUCUGAAGCAAAUUCAGGCAUUCAGAGCUAACGCUUCGGCCACAAGAGCAGCAGCAGCGACAGCUUCGACAUCCACGGUAUCGUCCCCAGUGUACGACAACCACGUGUCGAGUCCCAAAAAGAUAAUAAAAAUCCGCUCGCCCCGUAAACCAGAAAUGUCCGUCGUAUCUAUGGUCAGUCAGACGUCCACCGGCAAUUCUACGAUUUGUUCGACGCCCAUGACGACCAUUACCGGCACCACAGCCCAAAUCACGAGUAAGCUCCUCGAAGCGAGCAACAAACGGCCGAUCACUCUGCAAAACGCUGGGAACAUCAUGCAGAUUUUACAACCCAGUAGUCAGCAGCAACAUCAACAAACUCUCAUUGUUAACAGGACCAUUCAGAAGCCAACACAAACGGUUUCGGCUAAUAAUGGCAACACGAACAAUAGCAGUGUUACUACCAAUAACAACUCCAAUGACCUCAUAGAUUUGACUGACGAAGAAGACAAGAACAAAUCCAAGUUUGCUGUUGGGCAAACUACUCGUCAAAUUCCUGCUCCAUCUGUACAGCCCGUUAAUAAUACUGCAAUCAGUAGGGUUCCUACAAGAGUAUUCCAAGCUGUCACUACCAGUGGUGUUCCGCUCUCCAGUGCAACUAAUCUUAGAUUAGUUACUACUAAUUCUCAAUCGUCCCCUAAUGCCAUAGUAAACAAUUUGAAUGGUCAAAAAGUGACUUAUGGCACGGUAGUUAUGAAUGGGAAUAAACAGUUGUUACUAACUAGUAAUCAGAUACGGCAAGUUUCAAGUGUACAAGGAAAAAAUAUUACCACUCUUUACAAUAAACAAGGACUGCCAACGCUAGCUAAUGGACAAACGCUACGAGUCCUACAACCUACUACAACACUUCAGGCACAAGUAUUACGUCAUCCAGCUUCCUUACCCGAGAACACAACACCAGUUGUAUCGAAUCCAAAUUGGAAAUUGCCGCCACCUGCUCCAUCGUUAAAAAUAUCAAAAGUAGCUACUGGAAUCGUUUUAUCGUGGAACAUGAACUUGACGGAUAAGUUUGCCAAUAUCGCUAGUUAUCAAUUGUUUGCGUAUCAAGAGGUCGCGGGAACGGCCCCCAGUCCCAAUAUUUGGAAAAAAAUUGGUGACGUUCGAGCACUGCCACUGCCCAUGGCUUGUACUUUGACUCAAUUUACAGAAGGAAAUAGUUAUCAUUUUGCCGUACGGGCCGUCGAUGAGCAUAGUAGAUUUGGGCAUUACAGUAAUCCGGGAAAUAUUUCGCUCUAGAAACAAUUACGAAAAUUAGUAGGAAUGUGUUAAAAACAACGGUUGAAUAUCCUUGUUCUUCAUUACAUGAAGCGAGCAAUCAAUUUAAAUUUUACAUGGGCGCUUGAGUGCUGAAGCUCUAGUUCAUAUACAUCUUUGUAAUAUAGUAAUUCUUGAUUUCUAGUUUAGCGAGGCAAAUCUGUACUGUUUUUUAAUUAAGGUCACGUAAACAAUGUAAAGAUACACCGUAAAUCUUUUUUAAGUAGGAUUUGACAAAGCCGUUCUUUAUAACUUUUUCUCUAUUUUUUUUUUCUUCAAUAUAUAAAAUCAACAUCAGAGUUUUCAUUUCAAUUACAAGUCUUGGUAACGUUACGAAUUUUUUUUAUUUUUUUUAUUUCUGUUAUCUCUGCUUUUCAGAAGGAACGUUAAACGAUUUGAAAUUUAUUUCUAUGUUGAUUCAAAUCCGCCAAAUUGUUAAAGUUUUAAGAGACCUUUCAUGCAGAGAUGCAGUGUUUUAUAUUAAAAUUGAAUAAAUUGAAGCAAUAUGGUUAACUGCUUAAGUUCAAAAUGGGGCUUAAAAUUUAUAAAAGUAAUUGUUCCAUUUGGUUUCAGCCCUAUAUAAAUUUGUUUAGUACAAUUACUUCGUGUAUGUUAGUCAUAAGGUUUUAAUUUAUUUGUUAUUUGUACAAUGUAAAAAAUUUGUGCAAGCUGUGAUGAGCUUGUGUAUUACUAAGAAAUGAAAGAUUUUAAGUUGAGGAAUAAAUAUAAAAAGUCGGAAAGUGAAUAGGGCUUUAUUGAAGGACAGGCAAAGUGUACGUUUGUAAAUGCCACUGUCUUGUUCGACUUGAACUUUAUAGAUAUAAAAAAUUUUGUAACAAGAUUAUGUGUAUAAAUCAUAUGAAAUGAAAAUUGGAAAAGA